UCCAGCAUACCUGAGCUGAGCGAGCUACGGUCACACUCACACGCAUCCCCGGAGCAUCGCGAUGUCCUCGAACUCGAACUCGAACUGGAACUGAACUCGCUCGGAGCUGCGCCCACACCAAAUGUCCUCGAAGCAGCAGUCCUCCGCCGCGGUGGCCGAGGCCGUGGCCAGCUGCAAACUGAAGAAGCAGCAGCGCCGUCGCCUGGCGGCCUUCGACUUCGACCACACGAUCGUUUCGCAGAACACGGACACCGUGGUGCGCGACCUGCUGCCCACGGAGGUGACCAGCGCCCGGGCCAACGAGCUCGUCGAGAACGACUGCUGGACGGAGUACAUGGCCGAGGUGUUCCGCCUGCUGCACGAGCAACAGGUGCCGGAGGCGCGCAUCCGGGACACCAUUCGCGGCAUCCCCGAGGUGCCUGGGUUCGUGCGGCUCAUCAAGCACCUGGCCAAGCGGCUGCACUACGACCUGAUCAUCAUUAGCGACUCGAACAGCGUCUUCAUCGAGGAGUGGCUGCGGGCGCACAACCUGGCCGACUGCUUUGUGGCCGUCUUCACCAAUCCGGCGGAAUUCGACGCCUCCGGGCAGCUGUUGGUUCGCGCCCAUCACCAGCAGACGGACUGCAAGCUGAGCGCCAGCAAUCUGUGCAAGGGCCGCGUCCUCGAGCACUUCGUCAUCGAGCAGGACCUGCGGCGCAGCAUCCGCUACGACCACGUCUUCUACGUGGGCGACGGCAACAACGACAUCUGCCCCGUGCUGCGCCAGCGGGCCUGCGACUUCGCCUGCGCCCGCAAGGGAUUCGCCAUGGAGAAGCACCUGCUGCGCAACCGCAGCAAGUUGAAGCUGCGCGCCCAGCUGCUGGUGUGGAAGAGCGGCUUCGACCUGAUGGACCAGAUGCUGGCCCUGCCGCAGUUGCAGACCCCGCAGGUCUCAAGUGAUCGGGAUGCGGGUGGAGGUGGGGAUCCGGACACCAAAGUCGACGCUCCGGAGGUGACGGCCCGGCGGGCCUCGGCGGUCGCCGGACCGACCAAGUCACCGAAUUAAGGAGGCAUGUAUCCGCAUUUGGAGGCCUAGACGAGUAUGUAGUUGCUUUGACUGGCAUCCUAGAACCGUACGAACCACAUAGCCAAACUCAUUUCUCACUUUUGCCUAGAAAAUCAAUCGGGAAUUCUUCAGAACAAGAAGAACCCAAAUGCGCUAAUAUACUUUGUAACUUUAGUCACACAAAGCCCAAAAUGAAUUUCUCAACGUAAUAAGAACGCGAAUUCUUUAGGGGAAGAUCAAGUGGAACCAGCAAGAUCAAUAGAACUAAUAUACCUUGUAGUUUUAUGACUGAAUUCUUCAGCGAAUCAAGAACGCAAGUUCUUUAGGGCAAGGGGUUUUAGAAAGAUCGAGCAAGUAUAUCCAAUUUGCAAAAUCGGGAUUUGUAAGAGCGCAGAAAAAAAUCGAAAUACAUCAUUUUAAAUAUACGGUUUUACGAUGUCGACUACAACUCGUGCAGGCCAUGAAUCCGCAUCCCCAUAGCCAUAGCCAUGCCCAUCCCCAUCCCAUCAUCGUUGUUUCAUCCAUAUGGUCUGGUCUGUUUAAUCGUUUAACGCUCCCCCCUUUUUAUUGCACCGUCUAUGCUAAGUAUGCUAAGUGGACCUAUGUAUGUGGCAGGACUUUAACCUGCAAAACACGUGUCUAAAACAGUACAAUUUCAGAGCCUGUGAAGGUGCGCCAGUUCAAGGGGUCAAUUUUGGGCUGCGGCUGUUAAUGUUUAUUCCAUGUGUGUGUAUAUUGUAUCUUGUUGUAAUUGAAAUUAUCGCAAGCUGUAUAUGAGUGUCCAUAUUAUAUGCAUUUGAAUGUGUGUUUUGCCGUUACUGCA